AUGGUAAAUUGUGUUAUUCCCAGAUUAAGGAGAGCUUGCUGUUUUCCAAACGAAAAUUGUUUCCUUAAUUUAAAAUGUAACAGCACAAAAAAGAGUAACAGAAAUUCUAACAAUUUAAGGCAGUAUGAUGCGCUAAGUAUGGACCACAGAUUGUGUCAUAAAUGGGGAAAUUACCUUAGAGGAAUCACCCCCCUUUUGACCAAUUCGGUUGAAAUUAAAAGACGGGGGAAAUUGAAAACAUUUCAUCAGAGGAAAAGUAAAGUUUCUAGUGGGGCUAAGGGGGGAAUUGGUGUUCAUAAAGGGCGGAGGAGUAGGAGUAUAUGUGUAGGAACAUGUUGCACUGGGGGGGCAAAUAAGGACACUUCAAAUGAGGUAGCAAAAAGAGCAGUAAAUGUGGAAGUAAAUGGGGAAUUAUAUGGGGCCUCAGAUGGAGCUUCAAACAUAGAUCAAAUGGGUCUGUUUAAAAAUGGAAGAAAAACUUGUGGAAAUUUCAUUAAUGAAGGUGGUAUAAGAAAUAUUAUCCAAAUAGAUACCCAAGGAGAAGGAACUGAGAGGAUGAGAAUCUCGUCUAGCUCGAAAGAAUCAAACGAAUUUCAAAAUCAACAGCACGAUGGGGAGAAGAAAAGUUCCUCUAAAUUGUGCGUGAAAAAGGGAAGAGAUGUUGAAAAUUACAAAAGUAGAAACUUAUUUGUAGUGAAAAAUUUGAAUAGCAAAAGGUGCAUACUUAAAAGUGGUAGAGAAAUGGAUAUGAAACAAGUGUGCGUAAAAAAGAAUAGUCUCUAUAAUAAGGAAAAUAAUGAGAUGCAUCUUGAAUCGCACAAUGCUCAAGACAGUUACACACAAUGCAGGGAUAAAGAACAUGAAGCUUGUAUAAGACAAAUAAAUCUGAAUAUUUCAAAAAAGAAUGUAUUAAAGAAAGUAAUGCAUUUGAAGAAUGAAAAGGAAAGAAUUGAUCAGGGGUCACCAAAAAAUAGAAAGGCACAGGAAGAAGUAAACUAUGACUUUUUAAUUAACACUAAAAUUAUAAAAGAACCAAAUGUAGAGAUUAAUAAAAGUUCUAAAGAAUUAUCAAAUAAUCUUUUGUUGAGAGGUAAUAUAUACCGUAUUAGGAACGGAAGCAAGACAAGUAAAUUAAAACAAAAAAUUAAGAAGUAUGAAAUGGGGAAUGCAAAAAUGUCUAGAAAACAAAUUCGUAAUUGUAAAGCAAUGAAAAAAAAAACACCAACGAGAAGGGAACAUGAGUGCUCAGAAUAUUUUUCUAAAGAUUCCCCAAAACAAAGUCUGCAGAAGGAUAUGUACUAUCGACAUUCUUCACAAGAAAGUUCUAUAUAUGAAAUUUCUAUCAUAGGAGAAAUGGAUUUAAAUUUUAAUUCAAGCCCAGAUAAUACAUAUGAUAAAUCUCUAACUAAUGAUUUUAGAUCUACGCCAAGAAGUGAUAAUAGUAUGAAAGGUUUUAAGAAAUAUUUAGAACCUGGGAAGGUUCUCAUAAAGAAAGGAGCAGUUGAUAUAAAGAAUAGAAACUGUAUGAAAUAUGUUUAUUUAUCUGGAUUUAAACAUAACACAAUGAUGGGAACUAAAAAUACAAGUGAAAAGAACAAUGUUAUCUCAAGUGUGAAGCGUAUUCCACUAAGGAGGAGCGACAACACUGGAGACACAUUCGGUUCAGAACCUAUAGGAGGGUUCACACAUAAAAUAGUAAAAAGGAAGAAAGAGUCAACUAAUGAUGUAGACUGCUGCGAAAAAAAUUAUGAAAAUAUUCAAAGUGUAGGAAAUUGUGUUAAAACAGAAGUUUCGAAGCUGGAUCUUAUCGAACGAAAUUGGGGAAGUGCAAUGGAAUUCUUGCCGGCUGCACAAGGGAGAAGCAGUGUGGGAAAGAGAAAAAGUAGUGUAAGGGAAGGAAAAUCCAGGGUGAGAGAGAGAAAAGACAACGUAGAAGAAAGAAAAGGCAGUGUAAGGGAAAGGAAACACUUUGUGUGGGUACGCAAUAGUGAACAUGGAAUGCAGAAUAGCAGGGUGGGGGAAAAAUGGGGAAGUUGCUUGGAAGAAAAGUUGAACCAAAAAGGGAAUGAAAAGGAGAGCUCAAAAAGCAAAGGAGAGAGUAACACAAUGGUGAAUGAAGGGGAAGAACUUCUGGAUGGAAGGAGCAAGUCGAAGAAGAAGCAAAAUAAUAUAGAUAACAAGGAGGAGUCCACAGAUAGAUCCACAAAAAGAUGGGAAAAGGAAUCCAUUUUAGGGAAAAAAGACAAGAGGAAAAAAAAAAAAAAAAGUUUUUUAGGCACUUCGGAUAAUGUCACGCAUAGCACUUAUUUACAUGAGGCAAGUAGCAAAAAUAGCGUAAGAGGAAGCACUAUAACAAAUAAGUGUAGAAGUAGUGAUCUCAGUAGAGAUUUAUUCGCAGGUGAGUUAGGGGAAUAUUCGUCAGGAUAUGAUAAGAAAAAGUGUAGUUUAAUUUUGGAGGAUCUUUUAGAAUUGAUUAAGAAGAAGAAAAUGGAAAUGACGGAAUUUUAUUUAAAUUGUGAUGAGUUUAAUAAGAAAAAUUUUAAUAAACAUCUGAAUGAGAUAAAAUUGGAAAAUGGGGAUAAAAGAGUGACGAAAAAUUAUAGAGUAAAUAUAGCAGGCAGUAGUUAUGAAAAAGAGAAGAGAAUGAAAAUGUAUAACCAGUUUUACCAUAUAGGAUCUGAAUCAGAGGACGCUCGAAGCACUAAACACAGAUCAGGAACGAACGCAAAAGAGAAUAAAGAAAAAUUAAGCUUCGAGUUUGAUUUUCCAAGUACUUACCAACAUGGCCCAAACAGUUCUUCUAGCAGGAAAUUCAUAAUAAAGGAGUUAAAGAAAAAACAUUCUCCAUGUGUUAGCAAACGUGAAAAGGUUAAAAAAAAAGACAAACCAAAUGAGUGCUCCUUGGAGAGAGAAGAAAUGAAAGAAGAAAUGAUAGCUCUAAAUGAAUUGAUAAAUUUAAAAAUUGAACAAAAUGAGAAAUUAAAAAUGUGUUUGAUAAUGAAAGAGAGUGAAAUUAAUCUACUUCGAAAAAAAGCACAAGAAUCAUAUGAGGGUAAAAACAAGGAGAAGGAAAGAAAUUGGGAAAAUACAACUUUUUAUAAAAAUUUACAAAAAGCCAAACCAUCUACAUUUUUGGAAAUAAUUUUAAAAAAUAAUAAAGAUAUUAAAAAAGGUGUAGAAUCAAAUAAAACAUAUGAGCGUAAUGAUCAAGGGGAGAUUGACUCAUCGAAAUUUUACAACGGUUAUUUAUGUGGUAAGUGCAAAACUCCAAAGGUAGAUGAAAAUAAUUCUUUGCAUUUAAAUGAUCUCAACCAAAAUGUAUUAUCAAAUGAUAGUACAAAUAUUCCCAUGUGUGAUGAUAAUAUAAACGAAUUAUCAAAUAUGGAAUCGAAUUUUAAAAGUGAGCAGAAAGUUUAUUCACAAAAUCAUAAGCUCCAUGGAGUCUCAACAGGUGGAAUUUGUUCCUAUGCCUGUUGUGUGCCCAAUAACAAUUUCACAAAUCUGGUGAUCGAAGAUGAGAAAACUGAGGAGUUACAAUCGAGUCAGCAGAAUGUCGUUUAUCUUUCAUCAGAGAAACAACCCAAAAGAAAUAACACUUCAAGAAGAAAUAAGACAAAGGAUCCUAAUCGAUCCUCAACGUGUGCAAUCACCACGGGUAACAUUUCCAACACUAGUACCACUACCAGCAGUACGCAUAAGAAGUGUAGAAUACCUAUGUCUAAAGCAAUCAGGGAGAAAAAGUUAGUCAAAAUAAACGGAAAGGCAAAGUUUCAGACAUACACUAAGAUUUGUAAUGAACAGAAUACAGCGAUAAGUGAAUUGAAAGUACCGUUUGAGAUGGAAGAAAAGUUGGGAAUCCCCAAAUAUUCACAGCUGAACAGUAAGGGAUAUAAGAGACCUGAUUUGUGGUACUCUAAAGAAAAAUUCAAAAAGAAUAAGAAUAAUAAUGACAAAUUGGAUAGUAGAGACAGAUUUAAAUCUAGCACAAUAAGUGUUAGAUGUUUAUCUAAAAAUAACAAAGUUAUAACUAAUUCUUAUGGUAGUAAAAAUUGCUUUUUUUCUUCAAAAAAUUCUAAUAAGACAAAAAACGAAAAUAAUAACCCUAAGAAGGAAAACAUUUUCUCAAAACUAUUUUCUUACAUAAGGAAUAACAGUCUUUGUAAUGAAAAGAAAAAUAAUAACUGUUUAAGAAGAAAUAAAUCAACGAGUUCAAUCGUUUUUGUAAAAAAUCGAGAUUUCUCUAACCGAUGUUGUAAUAGAUCUUGGUCAUCCGUUUGUUUGGUAGAUCAUAAUUUGAACAGUUCUGAGAAAAUUAAUUAUAUCAACAAUAAACCUUGUGUUAGUAACAUGAACGUAUUUAACAAAAUCUGUGGAGGAUCUGGUAAAAUACCAGCUAGCGUAAAACGGGAUCAUAAUAAAAGUGUAGAUGUAAUAUCAGAACAUGGGAUCAAUCUUUGGGAUAAUAAAAUAAGCACAACAGGACGUAGUGAGAGAAGUAACUCAAAUAAAAUGAAUAACGUCCAAUUGAAUAACACACAUGAUAGAAUGUGCAAUUCAAAUGGCGAUCUUAUGGACAAUCACAUUGAAAAGGGAUGGAACAACAAAACUGGUAUAGAAAAGGGAAUAAUAAAAAGCAACUGUAGGUAUGUGCUAAAAGGUUAUAAUGACAUCACAUCUAUGUCUCAUUCAAUACGUGAUGAUUCUAAAAAUAAACAAGAAGUAGAAAACGUUAAAAAUUUGGGUACUAGAGAAAUAAAUCCAUGCUUAGCAAAUACACUAAAGCUUGAAAUAGAGAAAAAUCAGAACAUAUGUAUGGUAAACGAGAAGCACAGGGGGAAGGGGCACCACAUGACAAAUAAUGAAACAGAAAUUAUUGGCAACACUAAUGAAAAGGUCAAAUUAAAAUCAGAAUGUAUGAAAAAGGGUGCAACGUAUACAGGUGCAGUGUACACAAUUGCGAAGGCGAAGGAGGAUGAAAAAAAAAAAAAAAAAAAAAACAUUUCCUCCAAACGUUUUAGUAAGCUAAAUACUAGUAGAGAAAGAAAGACAAAUGAACGAGAGGGAAGAACUAAAUUAGACACCGAAAUGACAUCCAGCAAGAUCAUACGUGGAUAUCCUACAAAGGAAAGAAAUAAUAUAAUGAAGGAAAAGAAAGUUAUUGACAAGAGGGUCUCAGAUAGAAAAGAAAAUAAAUGUUUCGACUAUAACAAUACAGAAAGAGAUAAAAUAGAAAUUGAUUUUAAAAAAGUAGAUAAUUCAUCAUACUAUACCAAUAAGUUAUGUGAAAAUAACACAUCCGAAAAAUCAAACAAAAUUUACAAAAUUUUCCUUGCCAAAAAGGAGAAUAAUGAUAAAUGCUCCGUAAGAAGGGAACAAUUUACCGAUAUAAGAAAAAGAAAUGAUGAAGACCCACAGGAACAAACUGAAAACUCGUUAGACUACAGUGAAGGAGAAAAUAAAAACAAAAUUUGUCAUGACAAGAAGAAGAAUUUCAUUAGUGCUGAUAAAUGCAUUGACUAUGCAAGUAUAACAUCUUCGGGUAGUGUUCAAACAAAUACCAUUGAUGGUUAUUCUACGUGCUCUAGUGAGGACAUGUAUUUAUGGGGGGAAAAAAAAAAGAAAAAAAUGCGAGGAAAUGACCUCCUCCAUUCUGAAGAUAUAAAAGUGUGUAAAUUAAAUAAAAAAACUGUGGGUGAUUUUAAUGUGAAUAUGGUAAAUUCAAGCGGAGAAUUAAACAGUUCAGCUGAGAAUGUAAUUCAAAAAAUAAUUAUGAAUUAUAAAAAAGACAAAAUGAACGGGGGGAAAAGAAAUAGUGCCUCAAGGUGCACAAGUUGUAGUAGUAGUGACACUGAUAUGCAAAAUGGAAAGCUGAGUGGCAAGCAAAUUGGCUCACCAGAUGAAGAAAUGGGUAGGAAAUGGAGCGAGGACGAUAGAGUGCCCAACAUGUACAAUUGUAAAAAAAAAAAAAAAAAAAAUAGCUAUUCUGAAUUAAAUGGAGAUGGAGAUAAGGUGAAAAUAAUAAGAUUAAAAGGCGAAGAUGACGCUUAUACAACAACCUUGACACGGAUGAGAAAAAGUGAAGGUUUAAAUGCGGAUAAAUAUGAAAAUUCUGGAAAAAUAAAAAGUCAAAAUGUAAAUAAUAUACUAUAUUCGAAUAGCCAAUCUAGUUAUCCUGACCCCAAAAUAUUUUUUCUUAAAAAUGAUGAAUCAUGUGUAAUUGUUGAAUAUCCAAAUGUCAAAUAUUAUGUGAAGUGUUCUUGA